CGACGGCCCUUCUCCAAAAGCGAUUCGAUUUUAUUAUUGUCACAAACCAGCCAUCAGUGGCGGAUUAUUUGAAUUGAAUACUCACAGAUCAACAACCUUCCUUCUGAUUAUAUUCAUCUGUGUUCUUCACUUCUUACUCAAACCCUUCUUUUUCACUCAGCUUAUCCACAUCUGUAAUAAUUCAUAUUAGAUGUAAUUUUAAUAACCCAUUUCAAUCUUUUGGAGUUUUGGUUAAAUAUUGCCUCUUUUUUCAAUUUCUCAUCAUGUUUUGAAUCAAUAUUGAAUCUUUAUCGCCCCAACUAUUGUACGUGGGAAGAAGUACUAGUAGGUUGUUGAAGAUGGGCGGUGGGAGAGAAGUUGAGGUGGUUAAUAGUAAAGGGUGUUCAAGACUACUUGUGAAUUCAAUUUCUCCUUCAGUGAGAUUGGUUGGUGUUCAAAUGUCUCAUGAUUCUGCUUCUGUUUCAACUUCUUCUACUCACCCACAUGCCCCUUUUUCUGGUCUUGUCAUUUGUGUUACUGGUCUUUCUAAAGAUGGAAGGAAACAAGUGAUGGAUGUGACUAGGAGAUUGGGUGGCAAAUAUAGUUCGGAUUUGCAUCCUAAAUGUACCCAUUUGAUAGUUCAGAGCUGUCAUGGACUUAAAUACGAGCAUGCCCUCAAAUAUGGAUCAAAAAACGGUCUCUUCAUUGUAACACUAGGAUGGUUUAUGGAUAGUGUCAGAAGAAAUGUGCGGUUGGAUGAAUCUCUUUAUGGUGUUAAAAAUGUUGGGGAGAAUGGGAUACUUAGAGAUGAUUCAAAUGGGCUUUCUCGUUAUGCCAACACAGAAAAUUACUGUAUUCCUGUAGGUAUGCUUGAACACUUUAAGCAGUCUGACACAAUCAAUCAACUAGAUGUGCGAUCUACAGUGAGAGACUCGAACAGAAGUAUGGAUUUGAUUCUUUCUGGUUCCUCUUUGUUUAUUGACACAGAUGUUCCUGCUGAACUGCAAAAUAAGAUUGCUGAGGCUGCUACUUUGCAAGGUGCUAAACUAGUUAAUCACUGGAUCGGCGGUGGUCGCAAUGCCAGCCAUGUAGUGUGUGAAGGGACAUCAGUUGGAAAAUAUAUUGGCCACUCAGAUAAUCUUGUUACACCAUUGUGGGUUUUGAAAACAGCCAAGGAAAAACGAGUCCCGAGAUUAGUUCACAUAUCUGUUGAUUUGGCUCGGCAGCUUGGAACUAUACUUGAAAAUGUUCAAAGUGGCUUAGCAGUAGAGGAAAGGAACAAAGAUACUUGCUCCUCUGAUGCUCUAAAAUCUGGUACUAAAGUCAGCCAUGAAGCACGUCAAAAUAUGGCAAACCUGGCUAAAAGUGGGGUUAGAAAACGUCGGGUUCGCCGUAUGCAGAGAUGCCAGACCCCAAUACGCCCAAUAACACCAAAUAGGCUUUUGGAAUCAGUCUGCUGGUCAGUAUCGGAACCAACCUGUGCUGCUGCUAUUUACACGGAAUCUUCCGGCUUUGAGAACGCUGGUCAAGAUCAUGCAUCUGUUUUCUAUAAUGCAAAUGUGGAUGAAAAGGAAUCAAUUGCAUCAUUUGUGAACUUCACUAGAAAACUUACUGAAAGUGAAAAAGGUGCAGUGAUAUUUAAAAACCAUUUCCUUACAAUACUCUUUCCAGUAGAUCGAUUUGCUGAGAUGGGACCUUGUUCAAGGUCAUUUUUUAGCGACAGCGGUUUCACUUGUUUGCAGGUGUUAGAUUACAUAUAUGCCUUCUACCAGGAAAACAUGUCGAAGGAGGAAGUAGAGUUGGCAAUUCACACUGAUUCAGUGCAUGCUGAUCGGCUUCGAUCAAUGUACUCCAGUAAAGAAACAGCAGAGCAUGGAUACAUGGAGUUUAAGCGCAUUGAUUUCCUGGGGAGUCGGAAGAGUUUUGAAAUGUUAAAACGUGUUCCUGGAGAUGACAACAGCAAUGUCUAUGAAUUACUAAUAAAAGCAUAAGAACUGAAAUCGUGCACAAGGGUUAAAGGAUCCUGUGCUGGGAGAAUAUCACCAGAAAACAUAUAUUGUAAAUGUAGCCAUAUAUUGUAAUUGCUUCAAACAUGUAUAUUGCAAAAUUAAAUGAAGUUGUAAUCAAAUUGGAUGUUUGAAUUCA